UCUCCUGUCAGAAUAUUGCCGUGUGCCAUGAGAAGACAAGCAGGAAAAGCAUGUCAGACGGGGAGGUUAUCAAAGCAGAGUUAGUCAUUAUCAAGGACUCCGAGGAGGGAGGAGCAGAAAACGUAAUCCUACCACAAUUGAAGCCUUCACCAGCUCGUGCGAGACUCUCUCAAACCAAAGCCUCUCCUUCAGUCAGCGCCCAGUCUGAAAAUACACCCAACCACGCAGCCGCAGGGACGGCCUCCAUGGAAACAGCUGCUGAUAAACACAGGGACAUUUCCCAGCACUGGUGUCACCACACCUCUGGACAUGUUGAGGUUAGCUUGGGUUGCUGUACAAAUAGAACGCCUGUGUCAGAAGACAGAUUGAGCCCCACAGACUCUGCAGACCUGCUUCCCACUCUGGCCUCUUCCAGGGAAUCCAUCCUCUCCGACGACUCGGACAGAGAGAAGCCCUGGUCCGCCAUGCAGCUUUCCUCUGUCACUUCUCCUGCCUCUUUAAGUCGUACCAUUUCUCCCUGCUCAUCUGUCCGCUCUGGUUUCUUCACCCCUUCUGUGAUCCAGGUCAAGAGGCACUUUCUUGCUCCUGGCUCUAGUCUGAUUCAAAUCCCUCAGACUGGUUUCUCAUCCUGCGAGAGCCUCUCCUCCUCUGUCUGCUCACAGAACCCCCCUUCCCGGCACCGGCCUCCACUCACCCGACUCUCUCUCCUCACUGCCAUCCUGAGAAAAGGUCGUCUUCCUGUCCUGUCCUCAGCGCUGCAGAGACCUUACACCCCCUGCUGGCCUAUUAACCCCGUGACCCUGUCUUUCUGUAAUGCAUGCUCAGCAGCCUCCAGUGUGGCCUCUAUUCCCCUUGAGUUUUCAUCUCGGUUCUCCUCACUGGCAUCUAUAGACAUUCGAAGCCACCAUUGCAGGGAACCUAACAGGUCCAUCAAUGCAACUCCAACAUGCCAGUCAAAUGAGCUCAACAGAACAUACACACCAUCUCAAGUGAAAAGAUGCUCAGAGCAAGUUUUUUCGCCUUUGCCAGUGAAGAGCAGCACAUUACCCCGAGCUCCUAUAUUUUACUCAAACUUUCAAUCCGCUUCUCCACCAAAGCAUGAAGAAACACACUGUACAACUUCCAAAACCUCACCCCCCACACACGUCUUCAAGUCCCCUGAGCUGAAGCCCAGCGAUGAUCAUGUGUUCCUCAAGGGCCGUGCAGAUAAUAACCUUAAAAAACUCAUCUCCCCAUCCCCCAAACUCAUUAACAAGCCACAGACUUCUGCACCCCAGAAAUGGAGUUGCCAGCCAAAUUCAUCCCUUUCAAAGCUUCGCUCACUUUCUCAACAACUGAGAUCCUCGCCCGUCUUCCCUCCUCAUCUUCAGCCCUCUCAUUCAUGUGCAACAGUUUUCCCUGCUCCUGCCGACAAGGUAUCCCCUCUCCCUCCUUCACAAAAUCCCACUGGAAGGUACAAAUCUGAGAGGAGCCACCUUGACCCCAAAGAUGCCACACACUCACAGAGUUUUCACAAAGCCCCCUCCUCUCUGUCUUCUUCCCGCUACACACCCAUUGUUUUUUCUGGAUGGCCGUCACCCGACAGCUCUCCCACGCCUACACCCUCUCCUGCUCCACCAAUCAGAGAUCUCAUUCCAUCUCCUUUCUCCCUGCGCUCCACGCCCUCCCCAAGGCCAGGGAGUGGAAUAUCAGACUGCAGUGACAGGGAGGGUAAAAAAAGAAAGCCACACAAGAUUACGCUAAGCUACAAAUCCCUCGCUGCAAUUCCCACAAACACCCUUCUACUGGAUCAGCAAGUGAUAGACGAGCAGGUGGAGAGAGAAACUAGUUACUGUGACACGCCGGACACAGGUGUUGCAUCAGACACCAGCACUGAGAUGUGCUCGCCUGCUCAGCUCCGGCAGCAGUCGGAGGAACUUUAUGCCGUCAUUGAUGAGAUACUGGCAAACUCCGUUGCUGCACCCUCAAGGACAUCGACAACCAGCAAUGGUCUGCAGGGGAAAAACUCGUCAUUUCCAAAAUCUUUGGGACGUGAAACCAAAUAUGCAUCCAUAUGCAGCUUGCACCCAUCUGCUGAGGUGGAAAGAAAAUUGAUGGGUCGUAAACAGACAAAACCUGGGGUCAUUCGCCCAAUGACGGCCAUUCCGAGACUGACAGUGGAGAAUGAAGAUGAAUAUCAUCCAAAGCCUUUCAGGCAGUUUGCUGGCAAGCAGACCCUAACUGACAAGAGAAGGGAGGAAAACAAAUGUCCUGAUGAGAUGGGGAAUGAUGUGCACACAGGUACAAAGGGCAAAAUGUUCAGAGAGCAGAGGAAGCCUGAAAGAAGAAGUCCAUUCUCACUGUGUGACCUGCACAUUACGGAGCCUGGAGAGCAGAUCAGUCUUCACGGGAAAGAUGCUUUGACAAGUUUCAGUUCGACCAAGAGGCACAUGGAAGCAUCUGAAACUCAUAUUUAAAGCAGUUAAUGACUCUCUUGAGUCUCUGAUAAGACACGAUCAGUAUUCAAAAACAUGACAUCUAAAGGAUGAAUAAUUGCACCUUUCAAGAAUGAUUAAAAAAAAUGACAUCUCCAUAUGAUUGUUUACAGUCAGUCACAAAAUUUUUGUAUUCCUUACAGAGAACACAAAUCUGCAUGCAAUUAACCCUUUGCUAUUUUCUUCAUCCUCUUAUGUUGAUCUUUCCUUUGUCCCACAGCACAUGUGCAGCUGACAAUGAAGUGUUUGCACAUUAACUAGUUUAAAUUCUUUGUAUGCUUUUGAAACAUCAAGAGCUUAAUUUCAGACAUAUUGGACAAAAGCACCCUUCAUGUCUUUUCUGCUCUAGAUAAUUAAGCUAAAUAUUGUACUCUUCUCUUAGCUCUAAUCAAGCAGUUUUGGUGCUUCA